GCCGCAUCGUCGUUGAUUUGCAUUUUGCAUUCAUCUGGAGUAAAGAGCACGAGAAGAUGGGCAAGGAGAAGAUCCAUAUUAACAUUGUGGUGAUUGGACACGUCGAUUCGGGCAAGUCCACCACCACGGGACAUUUGAUUUACAAAUGCGGCGGCAUUGACAAGCGCACCAUUGAGAAGUUCGAGAAGGAGGCCCAGGAGAUGGGCAAGGGCUCGUUCAAGUACGCCUGGGUGCUGGACAAGCUGAAGGCGGAGCGCGAGCGCGGCAUCACCAUCGACAUUGCUCUGUGGAAGUUCGAGACGGCCAAGUAUUAUGUGACCAUCAUCGAUGCGCCUGGCCACAGAGAUUUCAUCAAGAACAUGAUCACCGGCACCUCGCAGGCCGACUGCGCUGUCCUGAUCGUGGCCGCGGGCACGGGCGAAUUCGAGGCCGGCAUCUCGAAGAAUGGCCAGACCCGCGAGCACGCUCUCCUUGCCUUCACGCUGGGCGUUAAGCAGCUCAUUGUGGGCGUCAACAAGAUGGACUCCACCGAGCCGCCCUACAGCGAGGCGCGCUAUGAGGAAAUCAAGAAGGAGGUGUCCUCGUACAUCAAGAAGAUCGGCUACAAUCCGGCCUCGGUGGCAUUCGUCCCAAUUUCGGGCUGGCACGGCGACAACAUGCUGGAGCCCUCCGAGAAGAUGCCCUGGUUCAAGGGCUGGACCGUGGAGCGCAAGGAGGGCAAGGGCGAGGGCAAGUGCCUGAUUGACGCGCUGGACGCGAUCUUGCCGCCACAGCGUCCCACCGACAAGCCCCUGCGCCUGCCCCUGCAGGAUGUCUACAAGAUUGGCGGCAUUGGCACAGUACCCGUGGGUCGUGUGGAGACGGGCAUCCUGAAGCCAGGAAUGGUCGUCAACUUUGCGCCAGUUAAUUUGGUCACUGAGGUAAAGUCCGUGGAGAUGCAUCACGAGGCGCUCACCGAAGCCAUGCCGGGCGACAAUGUUGGCUUCAAUGUGAAGAACGUUUCGGUGAAGGAGCUGCGACGUGGCUAUGUGGCUGGCGACUCCAAGAACAAUCCACCCCGUGGAGCUGCUGACUUUACCGCUCAGGUAAUUGUGCUCAACCAUCCUGGGCAGAUAGCCAAUGGAUAUACUCCCGUUUUGGAUUGCCACACGGCUCAUAUUGCGUGCAAGUUUGCGGAGAUCAAGGAGAAGUGCGAUCGUCGUACGGGCAAGACAACGGAGACCGAGCCGAAGGCCAUCAAGUCGGGUGAUGCGGCAAUCAUUGUGCUGGUGCCCAGCAAGCCGCUGUGCGUUGAGAGCUUCCAGGAGUUUCCGCCGCUGGGGCGCUUCGCUGUGCGCGACAUGCGCCAAACGGUCGCCGUUGGCGUUAUCAAGUCCGUCAACUUUAAAGAAACGACCUCGGGCAAAGUAACAAAAGCCGCUGAGAAGGCACAGAAGAAGAAAUAACUAGGGUGCCAGCAGACCUACAACAUAAGCGAGAGCAGCAACAACA